AUGGCCUUAUGUUGCAAGAGCAAACCAGCAGCCCACCUGACUCCGCAGGUGAAUAGCCCCGUGUGUGGUGAGCCGAUGAUUCGCAGAUAUGAGUUAACAAGAAGCUUGCUAAAGAUGAUCCCAAUAAUCUUUUUGGUGAUGCUGCUUCCCAAAGUGCUUCUCUCUGCUCAGGGUCACUAUGCCCAGAAGCUCCUGAAUGAUUUGAUGGAGAAUUACUCCAGUGCCCUGCGGCCAGUGGACGACACAGACAGAGCCCUCAACGUCACCUUGCAGGUCACCCUCUCUCAAAUCAAAGACAUGGAUGAAAGGAACCAGGUGCUGAUUGCCUACCUGUGGAUUAGGCAGACGUGGCACGAUGCUUACCUGAAGUGGAAUAAGGAGGACUAUGAUGGACUGGAUGUCAUCCACAUCCCCAGCAGCCUCGUGUGGAGGCCUGACCUCGUCCUCUAUAACAAAGCUGACGAUGAUUUCUCAGGGCCAAUGGACACCAAUGUGAAGCUGCGCUACAAUGGAGAGAUAACUUGGGAUGCUCCUGCCAUCACCAAAAGCUCCUGCGUGGUGGAUGUCUCCUACUUCCCCUUUGACAGCCAGGAAUGUAACCUCACCUUUGGUUCCUGGACUUACAAUGGAAACCAGGUAGACAUCAUUAUGGGCAUGGACAGCGGUGACCUGUCAGACUUCGUGGAAAAUGUUGAGUGGGAGUGCCGUGGAAUGCCUGCCACCAAGAAUGUCAUAAUGUAUGGCUGUUGCUCUGACCCGUAUCCAGACAUCACCUAUACAGUUCUCCUGCAGCGCCGCUCCUCCUUUUACAUCUUCAACCUUCUCCUGCCCUGCUUCCUCAUCUCCUUCUUGGCCCCUCUGGGUUUCUACCUGCCUGCAGACUCUGGAGAGAAGGUUUCCCUUGGAGUGACAGUUCUUCUAGCGCUCACAGUAUUCCAGCUAAUGGUGGCUGAGAGCAUGCCACCCUCAGAAAGUGUGCCUCUUAUAGGGAAGUACUAUAUUGCUACAAUGACAAUGGUCACAGCCUCCACAUCUCUCACCAUCUUCAUCAUGAACAUUCACUUCUGUGGCGUCGAGGCCAAACCAGUUCCACACUGGGCAAAAGUCCUCAUCAUUGACUACAUGUCGAAAAUUUGCUUUGUUUACGAAGUGGGUGAGAACUGCGCCUCCGCCUCUUCUUCGUCUUCUCACACCCCCCAAGACGAAGUCCGUCACCAGCAGCUCAACAGCCACAUUCAUUCAAACGGAAAACCGGGGAGCCAAAGUAGCCGAAAGGAUCGGAAGAGCGACAAGUACCCCAGACCGCAGACUUCCAAACUGCAGCAACAUCCAAGAAUAAAAGUUCAGCACCACAUCACCAGAGAUGAGAGCAGCCACCUAUCUAGUUUUGAACCUGGAAAGUAUGAAAGCUCUAAUGGUAAAAUCCUGAUAAACGACUACUUUAAAGAAGAGCAUAAGGUCCCGUGCUAUCCCGAGGACCAGAAGAUUCCCUGCUGCCCUGAAGACAAAAAGCCUCCGCCUCAAGGGCCCACUGUAACUUUUGGCCCCUGUGUCUUCUGCACCCAUGGCAGUGGCCUCCCUGGUAUGGACACUAAGCUUGUGCGCAAUGUUGAGUAUAUAGCAAACUGUUUUAGAGAGCAGAGAGCCACAUGCGCAAAGGGAGCAGAAUGGAAGAAGAUAGCAAAGGUCAUGGACAGAUUCUUCAUGUGGAUUUUCUUCAUCAUGGUUUUCCUAAUGAGCAUCCUCAUCAUUGUGAUUGUCAUGGUGAAGCAGGAGAGGGGUGAACCAUGUAAUCUGGACAAGCUCAGCAGCUCAGGCACUGUGGGAAACACUGCUUGGGAAAUUACCAAGAGCUUGGCAAAAUUUCACUUGGAAGCAUUACUUAUCUGUAGGUAG